CAUCACCCAGACCUUCAUCUCUGGGCUUACUCAGGGAUGCGGAAAGAACAAGAACAAAUAACUGUUGGGGUAGAGAAAAAAUUAGUGACUUUGCCAGAUGCUGUUAAUCCAACUGAAAGGACGUAUCACAGUCAAAACCAUAAAGAGCCUCCCAGUAUACCCCAGAAGAUGGAAGAAACAUACAUCACAAGUGAGCACAGUUACCAAAAACCACAGAGUUUUGGGCAAGACUGCAAAGCAGUCACUGACCCUAUGAGCUCAGAUGAUGAAGAUACUAGUAGUUUUGAAGAAGAUCCCGAGUUUCACACAGAGAAUAAAAACUGUUUACAAUAUUCCUUUAAAGAUGAUGGUGUGAAUGAGCAGAAGAAUGCUGCUGAAGGAAACUCUGUGUUUGUUUGUAAUGAAAGAAAGGGCUCAGAAGAACAAGUGGACACACAUCUUCAAUGGCAGCUAAAUCUCCUUACCCAUAUAGAGAAUGUACAGAAUGAAGUCACCAGCAGGAUGGACCUGAUUGAAAAGGAAGUUGAUGUUUUAGAAAGCUGGCUUGAUUUCACUGGAGAACUGGAACCACCAGAUCCUCUGGCAAGAUUGCCUCAGCUCAAGCGACGUAUCAAACAGCUCUUAAUUGACAUGGGAAAAGUGCAGCAAAUAGCAACGCUUUGCUCUGUAUGACAAAAGGAAGAAUAAAGAAAUAAAAAUAGGUUCUUUACAAUGAAUAUUCUUACUAGCCACAAGACUGAGAGGAAGACAGCAAAAAGCUGAGCAUUUAUGUGGUUCUUUGUUGAUUGCAUUAAUAGUCUGAAGCUUUAGAGAGAGGAGAGGAAAUCUAGAGUAAGGAAUCUGUGAUAGUGAAAAUCUGAAUAUUCAAUAUCCAAGCUUCAAAAUGUAAUGUAUUGCGUAACAAGAAAUGUU